AUGGAGCGGGAUGCCGCUAAUGGCAAGCACUCUGUUGGCGGAGGCAGCGGCGUCGGGAGCUUGCUCCGGCCACCGCGGAUAUUCUGCCUCACGGUGCUCUCGAUCGUAUUCUGGGCCCUGAUAAUCUACUUCGUCUCCACCAUGCGAGGCAAUAUGGCGUCCCUUCUCCUCAAGCCCUCGGCCUUCUCCCUUCCGUCCUUCCGCUUCGGCCGGGAUCGGUGCGUCGGCCGGUACAUCUACAUGUACGACCUACCGCCACGGUUCAACGCCGACCUCGUCAGCCACUGCCGUGGGUUCUCGGUCUCCGACGACAUCUGCAAGCUCAUGGUAAACGACGGGUUCGGUGCGCAGCUCCCGCCCGGUGAAUCCCUGCCGGAGAAGGGAUCCUACGACACUGACCAGUACAUGCUGGCGUUGAUCUACCACGCUCGGAUGAGGCAGUACGAGUGCCUCACCGCCGACCCCUCAACCGCCGCCGCCUUGUACGUGCCCUUCUACCCCGGGUUUGAUGUGUCACUGAACCUGUGGAAGAGCAACGUCUCGGAUCGUGACGCCCUGUCGCGGGACUUGGCGGACUGGCUUGUGCGGCAGCCCCAGUGGCGCUCCAUGUGGGGCUACGACCACUUCCUGGUCGCCGGACGGGGCACCUGGGACUUCGUCCGCGGUGAAGACGGCGGCUGGGGCAAUGCCUUCAUGACGUACCCGGCCAUCCGCAACACCACGGUUCUCAACAACGAGGCCAGCCCGUGGCAGGGCAACGACUUCGCUGUGCCAUACGCGUCGCACUUCCACCCUUCUUCCGACGCGGAGGUACUCAGCUGGCAGGAUCGCAUGCGCCGGCUAGAGCGCAGGUCGCUUUGGGGCUUCGCCGGCGGGCCACGCCCCGGCAAUACGACGGUGCGCGCCCAGAUUAUAGAGCAGUGCGGCAAGUCAAGCAGUUGUGCAAUGUUCGGCGCCAAGUCGUACCACAGCUCGCCGGAUCAGAUCAUGCGGCUUCUGGAGAGCGCUGAGUUCUGCGUCGAGCCGCGCGGCGACUCCUUCACCCGCAAGUCCACAUUCGACUUGAUGCGUGACGCAUUGCGGGAUGAGCUCUCGCGAGCCUCGCGGCGACGCGAGCGACACCAGGCGCUCCCGAGCUCGGCCGUGCGCCGGAGACCACCUACAAACCCACCAGCCCUAGGACUAGCCACCUCCCCCUCACCGGCGUUCCAUCUCUCCCCGGAGCUCGACGCUGGCGUGCCCUCCCGGCCGGCCAGUGUGCAGGGUUUCCUCUCGGCACGGACGCCGCGCGCCCUCGCCCUCAACCCGCAAGCUCUUCCACUGCCGUUCAACACCCCCGGUGACUGCUUCCUCCAUAUUGCCCUUCAAAACUUCCUCACUCCGGUAUGUACUUCGGUCGCUCUUGGUUCGCCGUUGUUUGCGCCGUCGCCGGUGCACAUCGCGGUGCGCCAUGAGCGCCGCCAACCUUUCUCCUCCUCCUGCGCCUUCGGCAUGCUUGCAGCUUUUGGUUAG